AUGGAAGAGCUGACGGCUUUUGUUUCGAAGUCUUUUGACCAGAAGAGCAAGGAGACCAGCGUGGGCGGCGGCGGCGGCUGCAAGAAGGACGGGAUCACUUACAGGGAAGUUUUGGAGAGCGGACUGGCGCGCUCGCGGGACCUGGGCACUUCCGAAGCCAACCUCCAGGACAUUACCGAGGGCAGCGGCCACUGUCCCGUGCAUCUGUUCAAGGACCACGUGGACAGCGACAAGGACAAACUGAAGGAGUUCGGCGCGGGGAGGGCACUGGAAGGUGUCUACGAGUGCAAGGACAAGCGCGAGGACGUCAAGUCGGAGGAUGAGGACGGGCAGACCAAGCUCAAGCAGCGGCGGAGCCGCACCAACUUCACCUUGGAGCAGCUCAAUGAGCUGGAGCGACUGUUCGACGAGACGCACUACCCCGACGCCUUCAUGCGGGAGGAACUCAGCCAGCGUCUGGGCCUGUCGGAGGCGCGCGUGCAGGUGUGGUUCCAGAACAGGAGGGCCAAGUGCAGGAAACAGGAAAAUCAGAUGCACAAAGGCGUCAUCCUGGGCACCGCCAGCCACCUGGACGCCUGCAGGGUGGCCCCCUACGUGAACAUGGGGGCGCUAAGGAUGCCUUUCCAGCAGGUAGCGCGCCCUAACACCGCGCUCGCUCCCCUCACUCUCCCACAGGUCCAGGCGCAGCUGCAACUAGAAGGCGUGGCCCACGCGCACCCCCACCUGCACCCGCACCUGGCGGCCCACGCGCCCUACCUCAUGUUCCCGCCGCCCCCCUUCGGGCUGCCCAUCGCCUCGCUGGCCGAGUCGGCCUCGGCCGCCGCUGUGGUGGCCGCCGCGGCCAAGAGUAACAGUAAGAACUCCAGUAUCGCCGACCUGCGGCUGAAAGCGCGCAAACACGCCGAAGCCCUGGGGCUCUGA